AUGGGAAAUGAAAUUAAAAACUAUUCCACCAUAGCAAAAAUAAAAAUCGAAGAUCAAUUUGGGGAUUGUUCAAACCCUAGUUUUGUGCAGCAGCGGCGCGAAGCCGUAGGAGGACGACGAUUCUUUGCAGGACAAGUUGUCGGAGCUGACCUCGGCGACAAUGUUGAUGAAAUCAUCGAGGCUGAGGUCGCGGAAGCGCUCCUCGUCGUCGUCGAGGAGGCGGAGGAUUUGGGAGAAGAAAGCGGGCUCGCAGAGGAGAACAAGGCCGCCGGCGGUUUGGAAGCCGAAUUCCUCCUCCGCCUGGUCGAGGAGGGCGACGAUCCAGACGGUGGUAUCGUGGCGGAGGGCGGCAGAGGAGACGGCGAGCGGCGAGGCCUCGGCGGAGAAGACGGUGGGAGAGUUAGGGUUGUGCCUGCCUGUUCUGAUAAAUUGAAGCAUGUUGUUGGUCAGAGGUUCCAAUCAUUAGAGUUUGCACUCGCGUUUUAUGAUGUGUAUGCUAGGGCUGUUGGGUUUGACACGCGCAAACAAGGUGCGAGGAAGGUGGACGAAGUUACAACGUGGUAUUACGUAGUAUGCAAUAGGGAGGGCCAUAAGAAGUCCAUCGACGAUGACCAGUUGAAUGCACGUUCCGGUUUCUCAAUGAAGCGCCGACGCUUAUCGAAGAGAUGUGGCUGUAAAGCUAGUAUUUCCUUCAAGUACUUCUCUGAUAAUGGACAUCCAGGUUAUAUGGUACAAGAUUUCAACGAGGUACAUAACCACGAGAUGGUGGAUUCCGACCACCAGCAGUUCAUGACUGUGAACCGUCAUUUGGAUGACGUUCACCAGAAAUUCAUACUUGAUUGUUCAAAAGCGAAUAUUGGACCCACGUUGACAUUUAAGGUUUUGAAAGAAACUCUCGGUGGCUUUGACCUCGUCAGUUAUACGGUCGGUGACAUCAGGAAUGCGUCACGCGACAUUAAAGCAUAUGCGCAUGGAGUCGAUGUGCAAAUGGUUUUGGACGACAUGGCGAAAAAGAAGGAGUUGUCUGAGUCGUACACAUAUCGUUACGAGGUUAAUGAAAACAACCAGUUGGUAGCGUUGUUUUGGUGUGAUGGCUUAAUGCAAAGGAAUUACCAUAUGUUUGGUGACAUUGUAGCCUUUGACACCACCUAUAACACAAACAGGUAUUGCAUGAUAUUCUGUCAUUUCACGGGAAAGGACAAUCACGGUAGCCCUGUAACCUUUGCGGCUGGGUUGGUAUGCAAUGAGAAAACAGGGGCGUUUGGCUAG